GAUACAGAAACCUGUAAUGUGCGCACAAAACUUGCGCGGCGAUUUCAAAAUAAAUAUGGGGUGGUUUAUUAGGGGAGCCCCGCCCUUCUUUAUUAAAGCUUGCAUAAUUUAUUUUGAAAUAACUGUGAUGAAUUGACCAAAAAAUGGGAGACUCCCUCGGUUUUUGUGAUAAAAUAGGAUACAACCUGUCCGAAUUAGGAAAAUGGGAAGUAUGGCAAAACAUAAUUCUGGGUCAGUUUCUGUCGAUAAUAUUGUGCGGAAUAAACACUUUGGCACACUACGUGAACUCAAACUCAAGCUCAGUUUUGCCCACGGGACAAAGCUUCCCACACUACAUGUUCUUGUGUGCCAUUUACACCAGCUGGCUGGCAUUUCGAAGAGGAGAAAAAGGCCUUAUCUCCGUUAUUAAGUGUAGAGGUUGGCGAUAUCUUUUGCUUUGCCUUAUAGAUGUUCAAGCCAACACUCUAUUGAGUACGGCACACCAAUUUACCACUCUGACAAGCAUACAGUUGUUGGGUUGUGUGGCCAUUCCAGUGGCGUUAGCUCUGAGUUGUCUCGUACUGGGGGUUCGUUAUCGUAUGGUGCACAUUCUUGCAGUUUCCGUUUGCCUCAUGGGUGUUGGUUGCCUAGUUUGGGUUAAUAUUGAGGACACCAAAAUUGAUGGUAAAAAUCAGUUGGUUGGAGAUAUGUUAUGCUUGGGAGGGUCGGUUUUGUUUGCGAUUGUUACUGUUUUGCAAGAGUUGUCAGUAAAAACUACCGAUAUUGUUGAAUAUUUGGGAUUGUUGGGACUUUUUGGAAGCAUCAUAAGCGGGUUACAGAUGUUUCUCUUGGAAAAACAAACGUUAAUUUCUUCGAAUUGGAGGAGCUCUAGUGCGUUAAUAUCGACAUUUUCAGCCUGCCAAUUCAUGUUCUGUACGUUUUCAUCGGUAUUUUUACUGAACAUGGGAACGACAGCCUUACAUUUGUCCCUUUUGUCGGGAAAUUUUUAUACACUCAUAGUAGGAAUACUACUGUUUAAUUAUAAGUUUCACGCCUUAUAUUUUCUAUCUUAUACGCUCUCUAUGACCGGGGUUUAUAUUUACGCGAUAAAACAAACACCAAUGGCGGCUCAACGAACGCCUGCCAAUCAAAACACGGAACUUAACAACUCCACAACCAGGUCUGAAUGUCAACUGCGUGAGCACAUGAUAACGGACAGCCCUGAAAGGAAUGCUGCCGAAAUACUGUCGACUUUCGGUACCCUCAACAGUAACGACACUUUUCCGCUCAGUCACAGUACAAACACGACUUUUACGUCGUUUUACGGUAGCCAUGACGUUCUGGACACUAAUACGACGAGUACAUAGUACAUGUGUAACGCUCCUACGCGCACAUCGACGAAUUUUAUGGAUUCAUACGUUUGAGAUAUAUUUAGUGAUUUUAAUGGUUCAUUUCGUCAAAUCAAUCAGGUUUUUUGUAGGUCCUGAAAAUAACAACUUUCACCGUAUUUAUAACGUAAUGCUGCACAAAAUGUAGUUUAUAUGUUAUCACAUAUCGCUUCCAUAGUAAAAAAGCACAAUAGUAUUUUCAACACAAGUUUUAUAAAAAAGGGUUAUUUCGUAUAUUUAGACAGCGCCUACUGAUA